AUGGAAGAAGCAGCGAAGGAGUUCGAUUGGGAAGAACUGGAGUGGGGGGAACGAAUAGCAUCCGGUGCUUACGGCACCGUCUUUCUAUGUCGAUACUGUGGGAAAGACGUCGCCGUGAAAGUAAUCAGCGCUGGCGAAGAAGACAGCUGUGCUGUGGAGACGGCGGAGUUGUCCUUCCUGCGAGAAGUAUCAACCUGGGUUCAGCUAGAUCAUCCAAACGUGGCGAAGCUGAUCGAGGCGAAAGAAGACGUAAAGCCGCCGCUGAAGGAACUGAAGAAAAGUGGAUGUUGUUGCGCCGUUGUCAGAGAAUAUCUAAAAGGCGGGACAUUAGCAUCUUAUGUCCGCCAUCACAAGAAGCUUUCCUUUAAGCACAAAAUCAAACUUGCCCUAGAUGUUGCCAGAGCGCUGUCUUAUUUGCACUCCAAGAACAUCGUUCAUCGUGACGUGAAGCUGCAAAACUUGAUGCUCGACGACAAAGGGAGAGUUAAGAUCAUAGACUUUGGGGGUUCAAAGAUCGAAACAGAUGAGAUGAGCGUGAAAGUUGGAACCAAGGGUUAUAUAGCUCCCGAGGUUUUGGAUUCUACGUCCUAUGAUCAUUCAUCGGUGCGAUGUUUUCAGCUUCGGCAUCUGUCUUUGGGAGCUUUACUAUCUGAAGCAUGUUAG